AUGUCGCAGAACACCAAACAUACAUCGCAAAUCGCCAUCCUCGGCGCUGGCGAUGUCGGAACUACCAUUGCCUACUCGCUGAUCAUGAACCCAGUCGCGGGGGACAUCUUGAUAGUCGACCCCAAAGAGGAAGUCCGGGACGCUCAGGUGCAGGAUCUCUCUGACGCAACCUUCCAUGGCAACACGACCACUCGUGUAAGAGCCGGAACGCACAAAGAAGCUGGGCAAUCCGACAUUGUCGUCAUUACUGCGGGAGCAAAGCAGAAGAAGGGCGAAAGCCGAACCGACCUAAUAGGCCGCAACAAAGCCAUUCUCGAAUCCGCCAUCAACGACAUGACGCCCUUCCGAUCCGACACAGUGCUCCUCAUCGUCGCCAACCCAGUAGACGUCCUGGCCUACUUCGCGCAGCAGUUCUCCAAACUCCCUAAAAACCAGGUCAUCGGCAGCGGCACGUUCCUCGACUCGGCGCGCCUGCGGGGUAUUCUUGCAACCAAAGCCGGCGUAGCAGCAAGCAGCAUCGACGCCUAUGUGCUCGGUGAGCAUGGCGAGUCACAGUUCGUAGCGUGGUCGCACGCUAGCAUUGCGGGCGUUCCGCUCUCGUCUGCCCUCGAGACCGGCACAAGGCUAGAUCAAAAUGCUAUUGCUGAGGAGACCAAGGGGAAAGCUACGGCCAUUAUGGAGAGCAAAGGGGCUACGAAUUAUGGUAUUGGCGGUGUGGCGGCGAGUCUUUGCAAGAGUAUAUUAUUUGACGAGAGGAUUGUGAGACCUGUGAGCUUUUUCCAGGAGGAGCUUGGGGUUUGUCUUAGCUUGCCGGCUGUCAUUGGGAGGAAGGGCGUUGUUAGGAGUGUGGAGAUUCCAUUGGAUGGGGAAGAGAAAGGGAAGCUGAAGAAGAGCGCGGAGGCGCUAAAGGAGGUCAUCAACUCGUGA